CGUCAGUUAUUUUUGACAAAUCGAUGAAUACGGUUUUUCGGCGGAGUUGUGUUUUGUCGCGGUCGCUCAAGGUUUAGUAAAACUUAAAAAAAUAUGUUUUUCUUUUGAAUUUUUAAAAACAAAAAUACCAAAGAAAAAUGUUAACCUAUAAAAAUCAAUAUUUUGUUUAAAGUGUUCAUAAUUAGAAAAACAAGUUAACUAUUCCGGCUACAUACAUAUAUGUAUAUUAAUUUUCAAACUACCUCGCUAAUGAUGGACACAAGGGAAACCAACAAAAUCUUCACCAUGGAAACAUCCUGUAAGAUCUCAUCAAAACCUCUUCUAAAAUGUUUCUGUGGCUGUGGAGAUCUUACAGAGGAUGAAGUCAAGCGGAUAUAUCGUCUAAGUACUCAGGAGACACUCAUCAAUCCGCAAGCCUCAAGAUUAUUGCGAAAACACAUGGAAUUAAAUCGAAGAGGUGACAAAUCAGUAGCCGAACAAAUGCUAGAUGUUUAUGAAAAGAGCGAAGAGUAUAUGAGAGACUUUCGACUUCUCACCGAAGACGAACUCGAAGAACUCGCUGAAUUAGGCCUCACAUAUUCUAUGGAAAAAGAACUCCUAGCGAAUAUCCAAACAGGAGAAAAGUCCAACAUCGAAAGGUGCAUUAGACGUAUACAAGGAGAAUGUCGCAACGAAAUCGAAGCCAGCCCCGAAUAUACCCUCUACAAAGAAGCCAUACUUAAAAAGCUAAAAAGUAUCGAUGUUAGCAGGCGAAAAUAUUAAAACUGAAACACUAAAAAUUAACAUAGUUUUAGUAUAACUAUUUUAUAAACUGUAUAGAAUUGUAAUAAUAUUGCUUUACAUCGAUAAAUUAUUAGAUUGCGCUUAUAUUCAUAAAUAAUAAUAUAUUUUCACAAAUUAUUACUUGUAACAUCACAAUGCGUUCCUUUUUUUAAGUGCUUAAUAAUAAAUCUACGUAUGUAAAUUCAGGGUUUAAUAGAAUAUGUUCCUUUGUCCUUUGUCACAAAGGUUUCGUGUACCUUAAUUUUUUUUUCUUUAUUUUGAUCGUCGUCGUUUCAAUGAAAUAUUUGCUGAAUUAAAUUAUGUUUGAAUUCUCUAUUGUGAUCUUCAUUUGUUUUUUUUUUUUAUUUGAAAAUGAAUAAAAUUCUAAAAUUUAAUUAAUAAAAAGAA